ACUCAUAACGUUUGUAUAUACCCAUCCCCUCCUCCCCCUCCCCCGCCCGACACACCAUAAAUGUACGAGCCACAGAUAUUAAAACCUCUGGUUGUCCCCCGAGGAACGCGGUUUGGCAGAUUGCAUAACCUUUAGUUUGGGCAUAAUGAUUUUCUUCUUGUGGUGGAAACAGGCAUUGAUCAGAAUUCACCGAAGUUUUAAAGCCUGUGGUUGACUUUGUUUUUGUGUUCAUUUUGGCUCCAUCUUCUCUUUUGCCAGACCUUUAGGUAGAAGAGAAGAAAAAGAGGCUUCCAUAGUGGCAGUUUAAGAUUACUUAUAUGUAAGCAAUAACUUGAUUCUUUUCUAAAAGUGAACCAAAGUGCUAUAACAUUCCUUCUCAUGUGGGGCUUAAUAAUAGAGCCUUACGGUGCUGUUAAGAAUAGCAUAAUUUGUAGAAAUGUGCAUUAAUUAUUUAAGUGAAGAUUCUUUUACCAUUCUUGUUUCAAAACAUUUACAUUUGAUUCUUGUUUUCUUCCUUGCCUUUUUCUGAUUCUUUUCCUAUAGUUUCUUGUUUUCUUCGUUUUUCCACUUACGGUCCUUUGGAAUCUCAUUAUUUUAACUUCAGGAAUUAAUAUAUUGUCGAAUAAACCAGAGCAUCUUGAAGAGAGAAAUGAAAUUAAACAUCUGGAUAUAAAUCAAUGAUCCAACACUUCUCAAAUUCUUAAGUUUCAGAAGAGAAAUGACCUAUAUUAGCUUUUCAUAGUUUUGUCCACCUUUUCCUAUUCUUGUUUCUUUCCUAUUUCCAUCACCUAUUUUUUCAACCUUCCUCCUUUAUUUACUUGAUUAUAUUGGUAAGAAGAGAAUUCAAAUCCUUUGUACAAUAAAAUAUUAAUAACUAAAAUGUAAGAAGAGGUCAUUAAUCAGGAUACAUUUAAACCAGGUUUGGUUCACAAUAUAUAGAGCUCUGUCAUUAGUUUAUAAUUUUAUAUUCUAAAUAAGUUUCUCUUAUUAUAACUUGAAUAAUGCAUUGAAGAGGAUGUAAUCUGAAUAUUAUUUUAUAGAAUUAAAAAGUGUUUUUGCUUGCUGUAAAAUAGCACUAGAAAGUUUUGUAAUCAGAUUUUAAAUGUCAUCUUAUUCUCUCUAGUUCAUUAGAUACAACUAAUGAAUACAAACAACAUGUUCUAUACACAUGUGCUUAUGAGUAAACGAGGGCCACUGGCUAAAAUAUGGCUUGCAGCUCACUGGGAGAAGAAACUUAAAAAGGCCCAUGUAUUUGAAUGUAAUCUAGAGAUAACCAUUGAAAAAAUUCUUUCACCUAAGGUGAAAAUUGCACUUCGAACUUCAGGACACCUUCUUUUGGGAGUUGUUCGAAUCUAUAACAGGAAGGCAAAAUAUCUUUUGGCAGAUUGCAGUGAAGCAUUUCUUAAAAUGAAGAUGACAUUUCGCCCAGGACUGGUUGACCUUCCAAAAGAGAAUUUUGAAGCAGCUUAUAAUACUAUCACAUUGCCAGAAGAAUUUCAUGAUUUUGAAAACCAAAAUAUGAAUGCUAUUGAUGUUUCAGAACACUUUACUCAGAACCAGAGCAGACCAGAAGAAAUCACACUUAGAGAAAAUUAUGAAAAUGAUCUACUUUUUCAAGCUGGGAGUUUUGGGGAGGAAGCUGAAAUUCUCAGAAGACAUAGCUUCUUUGAUGACAACAUAUUAUUGAAUUCCAGUGGUCCUUUACUUGAACACAGUUCUGGAAGCCUUACUGGAGAAAAAUUUCUGUUCUAUGACAGUGGAGAUGGAUUUGGUGAUGAAGGAGCUGCAGGAGAAAUAAUUGACAAUCUAUUGAAAGAUGAUGAGAAUAUUCUGUUAGAAGACACGCAUUUGAACACAGAGAUUUCCCUGCCUCCUGAGCCUCCCAGUACUAUAGCAGUAAAACCAGAUAAUCCAGAGUAUGUAUGUCUACCUGAAAAUGAAAAAAAGGAUGAAACAACAUUAUCAUCAAAUGAAGAGGAAGGAUUUACCCUUGACCCAAUUGAUGCCUCAGACAUUGCUGGGAAAAGGAAAGACAAAAAGAGGAGAUUGCUCAUAGAUCCAGUCAAGGAAAUCAGUAGCAAAAUCAUGCAUAAACAGCUUACUUUCUUUACGGACACACUCACGGUUUUGGAACUUGCACCUCCUACCCAAAGAUUAAUGAUGUGGAAAAAGAGGGGAGGAGCAGAUACACUUCUGUCAACUGCUUCCCAGGACUUGAUUCAUGCUGAACUGAAAAUGUUGUUUACAAAAUGCUUUCUGCCCUCUGCCUUUAAACUUGGAAGAAAAUUGAUACAGAAGGAGUCAGUAAGGGAAGAAAUGGAAAGUAAAAACAUAGUAGAGACCUCCAUGAUGGAAGAGCCAAAUUUCCAGCAAGAGUCAAGUGAACCCCAAACUUGUAAGGAUGUGUUUGAUGUAUCUAAGUGUAACUCUCAUGAGGAUCCCAGUAAAAAUAUUAACUCUGAGGAUAUUGUUGAAAUGAUGUCUUCAGCUGCUGUGGAAUCAUCUUUAAUGAAUGCCUUCUUGGCACAAGAAAUUGAAUAUAGUCCAGUUGAAUUGGAGUCAUCAGGGAAUGAACAAAAUAUUGAGGCAGAGAGAUGGAAUCGAAGAAUACUUCAGAUGUUAAAUCAUUUACGGGAAUCUAACAAGAUGGGAAUGCAGUCCUUUAGUCUGAUGAAGCUCUGUAGAAAUAAUGAUCGAAAACAAGCAGCUGCCAAAUUUUAUAGUUUUCUUGUCCUAAAAAAACAGCAGGUUAUUGAGCUGAGCCAAAGCACUCCCUAUGCAGAUAUUAUAGCUACGAUAGGACCAAUGUUCCAUAAAAUGUGAAGGAAAUCCAGAACAUGCACAUUUAUGUCAUCACUAGAAUUUCUGUAGAUUGUUCAAUGUAAUGCAGAACCAUGUGGAAGCAGCUGAAAGUCUGAUCCAUUUCAUAGAUAGGCCGACCUCCUAUUUCCUGUCUGUAAGUUCAGAAAAAUCAUAGCCAGAAUUAGAAGCCUAUAUGCUUACAAAAAUAAUUAUAGCUAAGUGAUUUUUUAACUUAGCUGAUUUGAAUAUAUAACAUUUGUGAGCCUUUAGAGCUCAUUUAGGAUACAUUUAAAAAACACUAUAUAUAUGCCUUUGAGAAACAUUCAAGGAUGUUUUUUUAAAGGCUAUUUUACAUUGGAUUAUUUACUUGAAUUUUGUGGGAUUAAUUAAUGAGUAAUACUUUCAUGUUUCUACACAGACAAUUUAUUUGCUUGCAAUGUAUGUCAUCCUUGAUUUGACCUAAUGCCGUGGUUUUUAAUCUAGUAUCUUAAUUGAAGAGUUAUGAAGUUUAUCUUUGUUUUAAAUUACCUGAGUGGCUGUUAGUGUAUUUAUAGGUCAUUUAAUCAUUUUAUUUAUUAUUUAAUGAUUAUUAUAAUCAUCAUUCAUAUGUCAACAAAACUAAAUCUUAUGUUAAAAAAAUUAGCACUUAUUCAGCAUAUUGUCUGCAGCUACAAAUUGAGUAAAGAUCACUAAGAUAAAUGUCCUUUUACUUAAUGUUUACUGAGCAUUUUUGACAAUGAAACUAUAGUUUUUCUUUUUUCUUUUCUAGUUGUAUUUUGAGUUAGAAAAUUUUCAUAUUCUCUGUGAGCUCCAUAGUACACUGUAAAAUGAAGCCUAUGGUACUCUUUAAAAUACUAUUGUAUCUGUAAUUAUGCUACAAACAACUAAAUUCUAAAUGUCCUCUCUGAAUGUAUUAACUAUAAGAUUUAAAUGUCAAAAUUGUGUUUUUAAAAUUUUAUUUUUUAAAUUAAUAUGCAGAAAAAUUGACUUCUUAAUUUUAGUGCACAGUUCUAUAAAUUUUGACAGAUGUAUAGAUUCUUGUGGCCACCUCCAUGAUCAGGAUAUAAACAGUAACAUCACCCUGAAAAACUCCCUUGUGUUAUUCCUUUAUAGUCACACUUUUCCCCCAUUAUAACAUUUGGCAAACAUUCUUCUCCAUGACUACAUUUUGUCUAUUUGAGAAUGUCAUACAAGUGGAAUCAUACAGCAUGUAACUUUUUUGAGAAUGGCUUCUUUCACUCCAUGUAAUAUCUUUGAGAUUCAUCCAAGUUCUUGCAUGUGUCAGUAGUUUGUUCCUUUUUAUUGCUGAGUGGUAUUCUGUUAUCUUGAUAUGCCACAUUAUUUAUUCUGUUACCCCUGAAGGAUAUUUAAGUUGUUUUAAGUUUUGCCAAUUAUAGUAUAAAUAGAGCUACAUACUUUUGUGUACAGUUUUUGUGUGAAUGUAAGUUUUUAUUUCUCUCGGGUAAAUAUCUAGGAGUGGGAUUGCUGAGUCAUGUGGGUAAUAUAUGUUUCACUUUACAAGAAAUCACCAAAUUAUUUUCCAGAAUGUACCAUUUUGCAUUCUAGUUGAUUUUUUGUUUACUUGUUAUUUUGAGAUGAUUAUAGAAGAAAUAAUGCAGAGAUCCUGUAUACCAACGUCCUACAUACCAACAUCUUGUAUAACUUUAGUACAAGGUCACAACAAGGAAAUGGGCACUGAUACAAUCCACCCACUUUAUUUAGAUUUCACCAGUUUUAUAUGCACUCGUUUUUGUGUGUGUGUAUGUGUGUAUUAAUUCUAUGCAAUUUUAUCACAUGUGUAGCUUUGUGUAACCACCACCGUAGUCAGGAAACAGGACAGUUCCAUCACAAGAAUCACUUGUGCUAACCUUUGUUAGCUACAGCUACCUCCCUCCCUCUCCUACUCCCUAGUCCCUGAAAACCACUAAGCUGUUCCCCAUCUCUAUAAUUUUGUCAUUAAUACAGUUGACUUUUAUGGGUUAGCUUUGCAUCCUGUGACCUUGCCAAACUCUCACAUUAGUUCCAGGUGAUUUUGUUUUUGUUUUUGUAGAUUCCUUGGGAUCUUCUAUACAGACAAUCACCUUGUCUGCAAGUUAGGACUGUUUUAUUUCUUCCUUUGCAAUCUGUGUUCUUUUAUGUCUUUUUCUUACCCUAUUACACUGGCUAGACAUCCCAAUGUGACUUUGUUUUGUUU